ACCAGCGCGCAGGGGGACAGAACGGGACGAGGACCAGAGGAGGACCAGAGGAGGACCAGAGGAGGACCAGAGGAGGACCAGAGGAGGACCAGGACCAGAGCAGGACCAGAGCAGGACGUGUCAAACGGCGCGUGGAUUUAUCUCAAGUUUAAACAAAAGCAGCUGCUCCGUUUGGCCCGACGCACAGGCUGAGAUGUCGCUGAGCUCCAUCCGCUCGUUCUCGGUGGAGCUGGACCGACCCGGAGACGCCGCCUUCACCGGGGGGGAGGUGGUGCGCGGGCGGGUGGUGCUGGAGCUUCGGCGGGAUACUCGGGUGAACUCUCUGAAGGCCCAGAGCAGGGGCGUGGCCACGGCGCACUGGCUGGAGAACAGAGGGAUGAACUCCGUCUACAACGACUACACCUCCAAAGUCACCUACUUCAGGAAGAGACAGCACCUGAUCAGAGAUAACGGACAGCUGACCGUGCUUAUGGCCGGGAGACACGAAUUCCCCUUCAGUUUCCAGCUCCCGGAGGAGACGCUGGUGACGUCGUUCGAAGGAAAACACGGAAGCAUCAGAUACUGGGUCAAAGCGAAGCUGCACCGGCCCUGGUCCACGGUCAAGAAGAUCAAGAAGGAGUUUACGGUGAUCGAGCCCAUCGACAUCAACACGCCGGCGCUGCUGGCGCCUCAGGCCGGCACCAAGGACAAAAUGGCCCGAGCCUGGUACAGAAACUUCGGUCAAGUGAACGUGACGGCAAAGAUCGACCGCAAAGGAUACACGCCAGGCGAGGUCAUCCCCGUCUUCGCCGAAUUCGACAACUCUACCUCGCGGUCCAUCGUGCCCAAGGCGUACAUCACGCAGACGCAGACGUUCAUCGCCCGGGGGACCAUGAAGCAGAAGCGGUCGGUGGUGGCGACCCUGUGCGGCGACAUCGUGGGCGCCCGUAGCCGAGAGACGUGGCACGGACGCGCCAUCAAGAUCCCGCCGCUGGGGCCCUCCAUCCUGCAGUGCCGCAUCAUCAAAGUGGAGUACAUGCUCAAGGUGUGCGUGGACGUACCCGGCACCUCUAAGCUGUGCCUGGAGCUCCCCCUGGUGAUCGGGACCAUCCCCCUGCACCCCUUCGGCAGCAGGACGUCCAGCGUGUCCAGUCAGUACAGCGUCAACCUGGACUGGCUCCGCAUGGCCAUCCCCGAACAGCCCGAGCCUCCUCCAGAGUACAGCGCCGUGGUCAGCGAUGAAGAGGCCGAGCAGAGGAACUCCGCCUCCCCCCCUCAGCCCGCGGAGGACCUCAGCGGCAUCCUAGAGCGCCCCCUGCAGGCCUUUGUGCAGGAGUUCCGCUUCAGACCUCCGCCCGUCUACAGCGUGAUUGACCCAAACCCACAGCCGUACAACAUCCGUCCUCGCUGCAUGACCUGUUGAACCACGCGGCGCCGCUCCGAGAGACGAGCUGAUUUCAAACACACCAAUCACGCGAGAGUUGCCUUCUCCUCUGGAUCUGGAACGCGAGACGGACGUGGGCACCGCGCUGUAGCGCCCCCUACGGAUAAGCCGGGCCUCGCGGAGGAACGAAGGAUUUUUCGUCCGAGAGUGGAGGAUAGCGGCGACUUCUUUCUCCCGCCUUCUUAAAGUGAUUUAAAACUCUGGGCUCCGAUUAAAAUUAGCAUUCUCCCAAUCAAGGUUUCUACGGACGUCGGUGGGGGGGAAAAUCACUAAGAGUUGAUGUUAGGGUUGUUUUUCAAAGCGCUGUUGAUGAGUUGUCAUUCGUUUUGGCAACUUUGAAGGCGUUAAAUGGUGCAAUUGUAACCGUGACGACACGCAGUAGACAUUAACAACCGUUCUUCGCUAUGCAUCGUAAGAGUAAAGAUGAUUUUUCUACUGUUACGUAAGCACAUUUUUGAAAACAUGUGAAGGUAGAGCUACGGAGUAAUUUACCUGUCGUUAUGCUAAUGGAGUAACACAUGUUUUAUGCUAAAGGGAAAUUUUACUCAAUGCCUUAAAGUCUGCAGACGAGAUUGCAUGACGCGGAGAGAUGAAUGUAACGAACAAAAAAAUGAGUUAAAUGAGUUAGCCUAGUGUAGCAUGGCAUAGCCUGGCCAGCCGGACCCAUUCGCUAGCGAAGUGAAGGUAGUGCGAAGCGUUUUUUGUAUGUUUUUUUUCUUUUUAAAUCAAUGCUGUUAGCCUGAUGCGUUGGUUUUUACGCGAGUUGUUACUGUCGGCCAUUUUGAAUUUUGGCAAUAGUUGAUUUUUAGCUUAAUUUUGUACAAAAAGGUUGCGUUUACAUGGUGCUAUAACGCUGUAAAAGGGGACAAGUCACAUUUCAGUGGUUUAAUUUGCAUUUUAAACAGUCAAAAUGCAGAUGGAUUUGAUAAAUUACCGGGCCUAGCGACGUAUUUCAGGAUAUUUCUUAUAAAAAAUAGUGCCUUGCUCGUUGACGUACGCUAGUUCUUGUCCUACGUCUGAAAUCGUGAAGCCAAAAUAAAAAAAAAUGUGAGCUCAAUCUGUGUUUUGUACGAUUUUUUUGCUGUAAGAAUCGGGGGGGGAAUUGCUGGCCAGGCUACACAAACACCUUUUGCCUUUUGUUUCAAGAACGCUACGCUAUCGUCGCUAAUGAAACGUUAGCGCAAUGACGACGUAUAGGACGGUAAAGAUGGAGGAGGGCGGUGGAUUAUGCACACAAGGCAGGUGGACUCUCAACGCUGCUAACGACAUGAAAGAUCGUAGUUUAAACCAAAAAUGAGUUGAGAUUUUUUGCGAUUUUGCCUUGUUUUUUUUUUUUUUGUGGUGCUUUACGCUGGAGAUGCCACUUAAACCGUUGGACUCAAAGACAUUCCAAAUCCGACCGGAGGCGCUUCUCCUCGACUUCCAAAGACUGAACCCGGAGAAGGAGCCGAGCCAAUCAGGUCCGCACUGAAAAAGACAAACAUCUGAAUGUAUUUUUGUACAAUGUUGAUUCUCUUUUUUGCCAAAGUUUUGUAAUAGUUUUGAUAAUAAAAGAAAAAGUCAGUCUAU